GUGACUUCAGAGGUUAAACGGACGUGAAGACGUUAGUACAGAGAGCGCUGCGAGAGCGUCUUGAGUUACGCUGAGAAACUGAAGCUGCUGGCUCUGGUUACCUGUCAAAUAACUGUGGACGUGACGACAACAACGGCAGCAGCAGAGAGGACGGGACAAGGUUCACAGGUUUUUAUCAGCUCUGUGGAAAUGUGAUGUCGGCUGUGACGGGGCGGGACUCGGGACAGAGGUGAAACAGGUGAGAUACAAAAGCAAAGCGAGAGAGAGAGAGAGAGAGAGGAUUAUACAAACAACACAGCAGCAGGAUUAAAACAGCUGACGAGCUUCGUUCAACUGGGAGAGAAAAUAUUUGGAUGAGAACAGUUCUGCUUCUUUAGGCAGAAUUUAAACCUCACAAACUUUGAGGAUGUAACGGGGACACCCGCGAGCUCCCACCUGGACCGGACCGACCUCGAAUUCACCUGUUUGGAUCCAGAUACGAUGAAGCCAAACGUCCACUGAGAGCAACCUUCAAUCUGAGCGGUUUUAUCGACACGAAUUGGACCUGUGGGACGGGGUCAUGUACGUCCUGUGCACCCUGGCGGUCCUGACCCUCCACGGCCUCUUCAAGAGCUGGAACACCAAGGCCGUGGAGCCCGGCAGGAGGUCGGAGGCUGCGGCGCAGAGAGGUCGUCCGGAGGAGGCGUCCGGGCCUCGGGCUGGCGGAGAGGAUUCAGUGAAGAGCGUAGACCGCGGAGGACCGAGGAGCUGCAGAGCUGAUGGGAAGAGGAGGCGAGGAGGAGGAGGCGUACGGAACGUCCCCGGCACCAGGACGCGAGUUCAGCCGGUCCAGCGGUCCAGCGCUCUGCUCAGCCCGGCGGUCAUGUUCAGCACAAGAAAGACCUGGGACCUCAGCCACGCCCCCUGCCUGCAGGAGCUCUGGAAGAAAGACAUCUCAUUGGACGCGAGCUCAGUGGACUUCCUGAUGAGUGAUGGUGAAGACGACGGCUCCUUCCUGUCUCUGCCCACCGCCGCCUUCUCACAGCGCCCCUCUCUGACUGCAGAGCUGUCCGAAACAAACGCACCCAGCCAGCAGCUGCUCAUCCAGACUCUACAGGACAAAGUGUGUGAGUUUCAGGCUCGUCUUCGCUCUGAAGAAGUCACUCGUCACCUGCUGGUCCAGCAGCUGCAGCAGCAGAGCGUUCAGGAGAAGACGUGCGUCGGUGUUGGUGGAGGUGAGACGUCUGCACCGCCCAACGGUGUGAGGGUGUUGCAGCCAGGUGAACAACCUUCAGAUCAUCUUAGCUGUCCAGAAGAGCAGCUCGUUACUCGGCUGCGCACACAGGUGGAGGAGCUGGAGGAGAAGCUGUUGGAUCAGACUCAGGAGGUGGAGAGACUUCGCUCUGAACUGGGGGCGACAGACCUGGAGAAGCAGCUGGAGCUGCUGGUGGUGGAGAACCAGCGUCUGAAGCAGGAGCUGAAGUCAUGCAGGAGCUCAGAGCUUCAGAGCCUCGACGCUGCUCCAGAGACCUGCAGCUGCAGCCACUGCCCUCACAGCCAGGAUGCGGAGUCCCUGCGGAGGGAGGUGUCUCGCUGGGAGAGCCAGGCCCGGCAGAGGGAGCGGCGGCUGGCUGAGCUGGAGCGAGAGCUGCUGGAGAAAACCUCCAGAGUGGAGAGUCUCCGCCGGCAGCUGGACGAGUCGACCCGGCAGCUGGACGACGGCCGGAGGCAGCUGGAGGAGUCGAGGCGGAGGCAGGCGGAGGCCGAGCAGAAACUCACCCUCAGACUGCAGGAGUGCGAGGAGGAGCUCGCCAGGCAGGCAGCUACGCCCCCCAGAGUCAAGUACGUGACUCACACGGUGGAGGUGGAGUCAGCUGACUCUCAGAAAGCUCUGGCCGAGCUGCAGACGAAGAACGCCGGCCUGCAGGAGCAGCUGUCUGUGCAGAGGCAGCUGCUGAGGGAGCUGGAGACGCAGCUGCACGAGACCCAGAGGACCUGCGCUCAGCUCAGGACGCAGCUGCUCGCCGAUCGAGGCCGUCUGUGCGGCCUCCUCUCCAAGGCCGUCGGCGGGGGCAACGGCGAGGUGGUUCGCAAGUUGUCCAAGAUCCUGGUGUAUGAAGGGGAGAUGGAGCGAGCUCAGGGUCAGCUGGAGGCGGAGAUGCAGAACCUGGAGGAGGAGAAGAACCGUGUGAUCGAGGAGGCGUUCAUCAGAGCCGAGAGCGAGAUGAAGGCCGUCCACGAGAACCUGGCGGGAGUGCGUAUGAACCUGCUGAGCCUGCAGCCGGCCCUCAGGACUCUCACCUGUGACUACAACUGUCUGAAGAGGCAGGUGCAGGACUUCCCCUUCAUGCUGGACAAAGCGAUCACAGAGGCCAAGCAGGAGAUCUGUCAGGUGAUCAGCGAGGUGAGCAGCACCAACCAGGAGCUGCUGCGUAAAUACAAGCGAGAGAUGAACCUGAGGAAGAAAUGUCACAACGAGCUGGUCCGACUCAAAGGUAACAUCCGGGUUUUCUGCCGCGUCCGGCCGGUCAGUCAGGAGGAGCAGGACUCCGCCGACGCCAAAAUCAUGCUGAGCUUCGACUCGGACGACGACGCCGUCCUCUACCUCUCCAACAAGGGCAAAAUCAUGACCUUUGAACUGGACAAAGUCUUUUCUCCUCACGCCACACAGGAAGAGGUGUUUCAGGAGGUCCAGUCUCUGGUCACUUCCUGUAUCGACGGCUUUAACGUCUGCAUCUUCGCCUACGGACAGACCGGCUCGGGGAAAACUUACACCAUGGAGGGCGUGGUGGACGACCCCGGCAUCAACCAGCGAGCUCUCCGCCUGCUGUUCUCGGAGGUGACGGAGAAAGCUCCAGACUGGGACUACAAGAUCACCGUCAGCAUGGUGGAGAUCUACAACGAGACGCUGCGGAACCUGCUGGGGGAGAAUCCCACCGACAAGCUGGACAUUAAGAUGAACCCUGACGGCAGCGGACAGCUGUACGUCCCCGGACUGACCGAGUUCACCGUCCAGAGCCCCGAGGACAUCAACAGGGUGUUUGAGUUGGGUCACAUGAACAGAGCGACAGCCUGCACCAACCUGAACGAACACAGCUCUCGCUCACACGCUCUGCUCAUCAUCACCGUGUCUGGAUUCAACUCUGCUACUGGAAACCGCACACAAGGUAAGCUGAACCUGGUGGACCUGGCCGGCUCGGAGAGGAUCGCUAAGUCGGGGGCGGAGGGCAGUCGCCUCAGAGAAGCUCAGUGCAUCAACAAAUCUCUGUCGGCGCUCGGUGACGUCAUCAACGCUCUGCGGAGCAAACACUCCCACGUCCCGUUCAGGAACUCCCGCCUCACCUACCUGCUGCAGGACUCUCUGAGCGGAGACAGCAAGACGCUCAUGAUGGUGCAGGUGUCUCCGCUGCCCAGCAACAUGAGCGAGUCGGUCUGCUCGCUGAAGUUCGCCCAGCGGGUUCGCAGCAUCGAGCUGAGCUCCUCGUCCUCCAGGAGACACGAGAACUCGUCCACCUCGUCCUCGCCCACCCACGACAGCGUCGAGCUGGACUCUCCCCCAGUGACCCCCGUCCCUCUCCCCAUCUCUCGGGCCAGCAGCGCCGGCUCCACCCUCUCCUCCACCUCCAGAACUCCCAGCAGCUCCCGCAGGAGGUCCCAGUCCCAACUGUCCACAGACAGACAGGUAGACAGAGCCAGCCCAUUGGUGGGGGACGGUGGGCAGGACGACUGAAGCUGACGGCCUGAGAGACCCGGAGACGACCGCGGGGCGUCGGCCAACGCCCCGAGGCUUCUCCCUGCUGGGGCGCCGCCUCCUUCCUGCCCCCGCUGGGUUUAUUACCCUCCUCGCCCUCUUGACUGGAGCGGGAUGAAGGAGCAAAGACUGAUGGGAAAGCAGAUCAGUCUCAAAUCUUACCACUCUUAUCUCUGUCGUCUGUCAGCAGAGAACACGGCCAAAUGUUUCCAUUUGCGUGUCUUCUUGCUGUGAUGAUGGACAUUUGAAAGGACUCGAGCGACUAACGAGGAACCACCGAAGCCCCAAGCUCCUCCCGUCUGGACUGAACCGAAAUCCUCAAUAACGCCCCCCGAAAAACAGUAUACGCUUUCCGAUCGCAGUAUUUCAUUUAUUGUUUCUUUGUAAAGUUGCACUUUAAACUUCUAGAUUAUUUUCUAACCCACAAUUCCAGAUGUGGUGGAUUUAUAAUAUAUGCAUAAUAUGGUUAUAUAUUUAUGUUUGACAUGCUUUAAUCUUUGUUUUUAUUUGGAUUUAUGUUUCUUUUUGGUGGAGGAUGCCACGUGAACAUUUUCAUUUAAUCUUAAAAUUUCUGAUUUAAAUCUCAGAUUGUUUUUUCUUUUCUCAGAAAAUUGAGAUUAAUUCUCACGUCUUGAAUCCUCUCCUGCAGUUUCCUAACGGAGGUUGUCUUUGUGUCCUCGCGGUCCUCCUUUUAUCCAAUCAGGGUACUCCACUGAUACCGAGCUGUCCAAUAAGACGUGAGCAAUACGAGGAAGUCUUCUCCUGUACACGAUUGUUGCUGUUCGAUCGUCUUCUGUUCCUGUGGAUGUUUGUUUUCAUGCCGAGCUGACGAAGCUUCGUCUUCCUCCAGCUCGUUAAAAUCGAACAAAAAGACGCUCAAAUGUUGUUUCUCCUCGAUGUGCUCCUGCUGUCGUCUAGUCACCUCUCUAAAAAAACAAAUCUAGGACACCGCAGGUGACCUUUGACCUCAGACAGAACACACCUGUAGCCGUUGACCUGGUGCCAAGCUUGACGUGACGCAGGUGGAGCUGAUAGUUAGUUGUAGUUGUAGUAACAGGAAUGCUUAGAAACGCGAUGAGCUGCUGCUGUGUGUCUGCUUGCUUUGUCUCCGCUGUAGAUUUCUACAGUUUUUUUUUUGUAUUCCCUUUUUAAUAAACACUCCAAAACAAACGUGUAACUCUGGCGUCCGUGUUGACCCACUGUGAAAUAUUUAAAGGAUAGUUAACGAAACAUUUUGGGAAAUCGAUAUCAAUCGCAUAUCUGUGUCUUGAAUACGGAGCCAACACCUCGACCAAAUGAGAUGUAUUAAUUAGUGAGCGUUGGAGGUGUUGGUAGGUGUAUGUUUGAACUUCCAGGCUUUAUGCUAAGCUAGGCUAACCACGUCCUGACUCCAGCUCCGUAACACCACGGAUUGAUAUCCAACUGAACUUUGAACUGUUGAACAUCUUUCUGGUUUGACGUGUGGAGCCGAAGUGCUGAAAAUCAGCUUCACGGAGAAAAUACGGCCACUUACAAGAAGAAGACGACUGUGUGGAAACCUAGCGUCUGGCUGGACCGUGUAUCAGUGUGCUCCUGAGGACUGUCCACGCCUCGCUGUAAAGCUUUGUUUAUGCUCCACGCGGUGUCCUCGGCGCGGCGUGUGGUCACGCACCUCCCGGCAGCUUUUAUCAUUUUUUUUUAAUUUAUUUUUCCCUCACUUUGUUGAAUACAAAAGUUCCAACUUGCAUCUGCAGAAGAUGACAUUAGUUCCUGACUGCCACAAACUCUGAUAAAAGCAAAUAACUUAAAUUAAGAAGUAAAGUAGUAAAUACAUUUUUACUAUUAUGUCGCAAGGAUUUUUAAAAAGCCGGUCAAUUCUUUUCUAAAUGCUUCAAAAACAGGAGAGCUUAAAAAUCUAUUUUGUCUGCAGAAUCAAAUUGUUUCAUUACAACACAUCUGUUGUUCCAGAUGCGUCUCUACAGGGAUUGGAUAACGGCGGUAAAGCGUGUCGGUGAGGAGCUGUGUAGCAGAGCAGCAACACUCGUUGACUUCUUGCUUCUUCAGUGUUUUGUUUGUGCGCCCCCUGGCGUUUUCGGAGAAUACUGCCUCUGUGCAGAGGCCCGCGCGAGCAUAAACAAAGCUUAAAGGUAUAAUAUGUAACCUUUCCGCAUUAAAAUGUCUAAAAACGA